AUGUCGGAAUGCCGCCAGAAACUCACAAAUGGCUCAUUUGGCCAGGACGCUCAUAGUGCGGGUGCUUUGGACAGCAACGGUCAGUAUGUGUUGGACGUGAAAUCGGCGACCGCUAUCACCUACGACAAGUGCAACACUGAGUGUUCAAAACUCCAAUCGCCAUGGCACACCAUAGACUGGAGCCAGUUCCUUACCAACAUCAGCAGUUGGUUGGUCCCAUGGCUGGCCCUUUUAUCUCAGCUUCCCUACGGUGCGACCGUUGGCGCAGAGAACGUUAUGGCACUGCUUUUGGCAUUAGGCUCGCCUAUAUUGGCCGUCUAUUCAUUGGUGCUCACGGCACUCAACCGACGCCACCUUGCGCGCACUCUAUCACGUAUCGAAUACCCAAAGCUCGAUCGGGUGUACACCAUUCUCGACAAGCUUCAACAGGCUCCACUGUGCGUCGACACACGAGGUGCCAUAUCCCAAAGGCUUGACGUCUUCCCUCUGGACGAUGAGGUGUGGGAUAGGCUACAAACUCUCGGGCUUGACGUGCAUACCUGGACGACUGUAGCUGCAUUCCAAAUGGCCUGGGUUAUCUUUGCAUACGUGCUGACCGUGUUGGUCACGUUUCUGAGUACCAAUUCUACGUCGUCUUACACUACCGGAGGUGAUAUCGGCACCGUCUUUCUUUGGACACUUCCUGUCGUCAUAGGAUGGCUUCAAGUGUCCCCGAUCUCCAGUUCCACUCGCCUCAGAGAGUCGGUCAAAGAAUUGAUGCACGUCUCCGACGGACGUGAUAUGCAACACCCUGCCCUCUUCCUCGAUUACACCGAUCACCUUGCUUUGCGUGAUAUGCAAGCCACACCUCCGAUCUUCAACUACUCGAGAUUCAAGUCCUGGUCGCAUUGUGUGGACUUAGUCUUAGUCGUCCUCCGCCGUGCAGCGCACGACGCACCACACCGCACGUCCGCCGGGUCCACUUUCCAUCGUCAAGGAGAUUCUGAGAGCAAUUGCGGCGCUGAGCAGGGUCAAGACAAAUGGAGAAUCGUUGAGAUGCCGGAGACAAAGAUCAGCACAGGCUUCCCGCGCCGCCUGAUCUAUGCUUCAAUGAUGGCGCUUUUGAUUCAAUGGGGCACUUCAGGCGCGGCUAUCUUGACAUCGAUGUACCAGCUUCCCCGAGGACUUGGAUGCCAUUCUGGCCCUUGGCUCAUGUACGCGAGUGCAUCAACCUUCAUCUGGGUUGUGAUGGUGUUGUCUACUGUCAUCGAUUCCGUAGCUCUUCAAGUCUUCUUGAGUUGCUCAGGCAAGAUGCUCGCGAUCGCCAAUGCCAUCUUUGUAAUCGCGAUGUCUGUUUUGAACGCACUGGGGGUCGACCAAACGUGCUACUGUGGGUCUGCGAGGCCGUUCUUAGGCUCUCGCGCCUAUAUGGUACUUGUUCCGACGUCGCAGGAGACUUCUGCUCACAACGCUUUCUGGGCUGGCGCGGUUGCCCUGUCCGCCAUUGUUGUCGUCUUGUUUGUGGUUAUCUUGAAUGUGAUCCUCCGCGACGCGGAUCUUCUCGCGGCCGAUAUGGGGCGUACAAGAUCCAGACCCGUACGGAGGGACUGGAAUCCAUUCAUGGGCCUCGCCCAACCAUCUACAAGUGUUCCACUUACUGCGCCAGAAUCGGGUAUCCCAACCGACAUCCCCUUGCUGGCGUUCGGCGCUCCUCAACCAUCAUGGGUUGAUUACCAGACCACUGGAAUCGCGCAUUGA